AUGAGCUUGUUGGGACAAUUAGCGCUGAAAAACGCAAAGCUGCCGCCCGAGGCCGCUUUCAAUUCCCGUCUCAACGAGGACACAAAGUUAUUGACAGUUGUGACCUCGAAUGGAAGCACAACCGAAGUGAAAGCAAUCGAGCUGACGAUCAGCGAUGAUGGAAAUUACAGUGUCUCAAGCGGGGCUGAGGCCUUUCUCGAUCAGCACUCAACCCUCCGCCAACAUCGUUCAUUUCUCGCGGCUCUUCUGAUCAAGUUUUUCCUUUUCAAUUGUAUUCUCGUCUCGAUUCUUCUCGAUGAGGGUUUUAAUCAUCUAUUCCUUUACGGUGUUGCCUUGGUGUACGUGAUAAUGUUACCGCUUUACGCUCUCGUGUUGCUGGCGAUUCCCCGACAAUCCCUCCUCUUAUUUUGUCCGGCUCUCAUCCUGUCGCUUGUCACCUCUUUUGUCCUUUACCUCAACAUUCUCAUCUCGUUUCUCCGAAUUGCUUCAAAUCGAAUUGAUCUCUGGUCUUCGGAUGGAGCCCAUCUCGUGCUCGAUGUACUACUGGUUGUUGUCGAAACGCUACUUCUCAUUCAUCUCUGCAAAACAUUUGGCCAUUUUGUGGAUCAACUACAGGGGAGGGAUGGACUCAACGAUGACAUGCACAGCACGAUAUCAAUGGGUACAAUGUACUCACUAACAAACUACGACGAGGACGGAUUUGCAAAACCAAUAGAGCCCAGACGAACGAAAAUGGGCAUCUGU